GUCUGAAGCUUGUCUGUGAAGCUUAUCUGUGAAGCUUAGAAUAGGAGGAAGAUGAAUGUACGGAGGUUUUAAUUUUGAGGUACGGGGGUUUCUGUCGAUCUCCGGCCUGUGGCGGCUUAAUUUGCUUUUUGCUCUAAAUCGAGCAAUUGAAUUUCCUCCUUCUUUAUUCUACUCGAUUAUUCAAUUAAUUAAGAAGAUAUUUACAUCAUGGUUAAAGCUGUUGCUGUUUUAAGAGGAGACGCCAAAGUUUCUGGUGUUGUUAAUUUCGAACAAGUUUCUGAAGGCGAACCAACCACCAUUACUUGGGAUAUCCAAGGUAAUGAUGCCAAUGCCUUACGUGGGUUCCACGUUCAUCAGUUUGGUGAUAACACCAACGGAUGUACUUCUGCUGGUCCUCACUUCAAUCCAUUUGGUAAAACCCACGGUUCUCCAGAAGAUGACGAACGUCAUGUUGGUGAUUUAGGUAACAUCACCACUGACGCUUCUGGUGUUGCUCAAGGUACCAAGAAAGAUUUAUUGGUUAAAUUACUCGGUGCCAACUCUAUCUUGGGUAGAACUGUUGUUGUUCACGCUGGUACCGAUGAUUUAGGUAAAGGUGGCCAUGCUGAAUCCAAAAAAACUGGUAACGCCGGUGGUAGACCAGCUUGUGGGGUUAUCGGUAUCUCUGAUUAAGUAUUUAAGUAAUAUAUGAUUUG